GGUUUGAACUAAGAGGAGAGUGAACUAAGUAGCUUGGUGUUUUGGAUAAGUGGUGUUUCGUACGACGUAUAAAUUGAUCAUGUAUUGUUUUAUAAGUACUAUGUUUUAUAAGUACUAUGUUUUGUUAUUUCUAAUUGAUCAUGUGAUGUUUUUCAAUCUUAUGUCAACACAUUUGUUUCGUUUUUCAUCACCAACCAAACAAAGAACAUGUGUUUCGUUUUUCAUCACCAACCAAACAAAGAAUAUCUAUACCUAACAAUCACACACUAAGUUUAAUAACCCGUGACUCUCCAUCACAUGUCAUUGUUUCUUUCAUCACCAACUCACGGACUUGCACAACAAAAUAUGUAUAAAUAUGAGCUUGCUCUUAUGAUGAAAAAUACAUAAACAAUCACAUCCCACUUCUCUCUUAUUUCCUUACCAAUUUCACAAAAAAAUUCUCCUCCCUUAUUUUCUAAACAAUCACAUCCCACUUCUCGAUAUAUUGAAAAUGGCAUCUUCAUUCCAUUAUCAUUACCACAGAGAUGAUGAUGAUGAUGAUGAUGAUGAUGAUUUUGAUAACCCCAUUGAAGAUUUUUUAAACAACUCUGAUCCUAUACCAGAACCAAAAGAGCGGAAAAUCGUAUUUUUAUAGAGAGAAACCGAGAAGAAGGCCACAUCCAGCUUUGGAAUGAUUAUUUUAGCGAGAAUCCAACAUACUCUACCAAUUUUUUCCGGCGACGGUUUCGGAUGAACAAAGAAUUGUUCCUCCGUAUUGUGCAUCAUCUCUCCACAGAAAUACCGUAUUUCCGACCAUCAAAAGAUGCAACCGGAUGGUCAAGUCUUUCACCUCUACAAAAAUGUACUGCAGCAAUUCGACAAUUGGCAUACGGUGGUGCGGCUGAUACAGUAGACAAAUAUAUCCGUCUUGCUGAAAUAACGGCUCAAAAAUGUUUGCACAAUUUUACUGCCGGAAUAAUCACCUUGUUUGGCGGUGAAUACCUACGACGUCCCACACCGGAGGAUCUGGAAAGACUACUACAUAUUGGAGAAGAACGUAGAUUUCCAGGGAUGAUUGGAAGCAUCGACUGUAUGCAUUGGGAGUGGAAGAAUUGUCCUACCGCUUGGAAAGGAAUGUAUUCACGAGGCACCGGAAAACCAACUAUUGUCUUGGAAGCGGUAGCUUCGUAUGACCUCUGGAUAUGGCACGCGUUUUUUGGAGGUCCAAGUACUAUGAACGAUCUUAAUAUUCUUGAUCGAUCACCUAUUUUUGAUGACAUUAUUAACGGCAUCGCGCCACAAGUAAACUAUAAUGUCAACGAAACGGAGUACCAUCUGCCAUAUUAUAUAACAUAUGGUAUUUAUCCGAAAUGGGCGACUUUUAUUCAAUCUAUCCGACUACCACAAACUGAAAAACAGUCAUUGUUUGCUAAGUCCCAAGAAUCAGUUCGAAAAGAUGUUGAGUGUGCCUUCGGAGUCCUGCAAGCAAGAUUUUCCGUUGUCAAAAAUCCAUCUAAGUUAUGGGAUAAAGAGAAAAUAGGAAAUAUUAUGAGAUCAUGUAUCAUACUCCAUAAUAUGAUUGUCGAAGAUGAAUGUUCAUCAUUCACUCAGUAUAACAAAUUUGAGUUUCAAGAAAGAGAAGAAGUGGAUACAUUUUCCGUCAACAUGCCUUCGAAUCUCGGCAGUACAUUGGAUCGUCGAACGAGCCUUCGGAAUAGACAAGCCCAUGAACAAUUAAAAAAUGAUCUGAUUGAAAAUAUUUGGGCUAAAUUUGAACAUUUUCCAAAUAACAUAUAAUUUACAAGUUUCUAUGAUUUGAAAAAGUUGUGUGUUUGCUUUUAUUUCUAAAGUUUGUAUUUCUUUUUUUUUUAAUGUAAUGUAAUAAAAUGUUUGUAAUUUUUUAUUAAAUGAACGAAUUUGUUUUUCUUAUUAGUUAUUCAACUUAAAAUGGUAAUAUGUUUAAUCUUAUAUAUGUUACUAGUUAUUUUAAAACAAAAAUUAACCUAAGGACCAACAAAAAGUCCCACCAAUAAUCACCAUUUUCAUUAAAAGUUCUUAACAAUGUUCUAAUCUAUAAAUAACAAUAAAAACUCUAAGGACCACCAAUUAAGUCCUAUUGAUAAUCAUGCUCUAAGAGACGUCGCUUAUGGGACACGUGUCAAAGUAUGCUCCUCUCUCUCAUCUCUCCUCUCCUCUCCUCUCCUUCUUCGCCGGUGUAAAGUCUAAAGAAGAAGACCGACGGUUCACGAAUCCUGAUCCUUCGACCUCUAGAGGUAUAGAUUUAAAACGCAAGAGAAGCGUGACAUUCGUGGACGUUGAUCAUCAUCGGAACCAUUUGCCACAAGCCCAAACCAGACCAUGUGAGUUGAUUUCGUCUCUCCCUCCUCUGUAAUUCUCAGAUUUUGAAUGAUGAAUCGAUUCUCUUCUGCAGCGAUUGAUGCCAAGACUUCUGAGUUUGCAUCUGGGUUUCUGGGCUUAAGCUCAAACCAAUCGUCAUUGUUUUAUUCUCACCAAUCGCCAUUGUUCAGGGUUUUGUUCUUCUGGUUGAACACUAUGAAGAAAGUUGAAAUUUUUAUGAUCUGUCUUUGCUCAUACACUGCUUUAUUUCUGGUGUCUGCUGAUCCACAAACGUGUCCUGCGGAGUCGGGAGCGAAGUGUAGCGGUUCUGGUGAUUGGGAAGGAGAGUUCUUCCCUGAGAUCCCUCACAUUAAGUAUGAGAGACUUAAGAGCAGUAACCCACUUUCUUACAAGUGGUAUAGCGCAGAAGAGGAGAUUCUUAGCAGUAACCCACUUGCUUACAAGUGGUAUAACCCACUUGGUUCAUCUCUUCUUCUUCUUUGGUGAUGUUUAUAGUGUGUCAAUGCUACUUGUAGCUUCUCCACUCCCAUUUUUAAUGCAAGACGUGGCUCACGUCUCAACUUGACUUGAAAGGAUAAAGGCAAUCUGCAGAAGAUGUCAGAGAUGAUGGAUUCAUUUGAGAACCAGUUUGUGAACAUGGAGGUCCAAGCUGAGUUCAUGGAGAACGCCAUGGCUGGUUCAACAUCAUUGUCCACUCCCGAAGGCGAUGUCAACCUCCUGAUGCAGCAGGUAUUAGGGUUCGUCCGUUCGUCGUCGUCUUCCUCUUUCACAUGCCACCUCCACGAUGUAAUUCACAGACUUUAAGCGUCGAUUCUGACUCUGUAACUUGGUAGUUAUGCCCCACCCUCUUGACAAAGCCACAGCCGAUGGACACAACGUGGACGGUGGCUUGAAGGCCAUUGGGCUUACCAAUCAAAGAGAGACACCAUCGUUUGGAGCAAAUCCACUGGACUUCCUCUCCACAAAGCUAUCGUCUGUAUGGAUGCUCGCACCAGUUCCAUCUGAAGGAGACUAGAGAAGGAACUAUCAGGAGGAAGAUCCCAUUUCGUUGAGUCUUGUGGAUUGCCUAUAAGCACAUACUUCUCUGCCAUGAAGCUUCUCUGGCUAAUGGAGAACGUAGAUGCUGUUAAAGACGCUAUCAAGAAAGGAUAUGCCAUCUUUGGCACAAUCGACACAUGGCUGAUCUGGAACAUGACCGGAAGUGUGAAUGGAGGUCUACACGUCACUGAUGUCACCAACGCUUCUCGUACAAUUCUCAUGAACCUCAAAACCCUGAGCUGUGACGAGUACACUCUCAAGACUCUAGGCAUUCCCGCUGAAAUCUUACCAAGAUUGUAAGCAACACGGAGGUCAUUGGAGAAAUCUGCAAAGUCUGGCCCAUUCCUGGUAUCAAGAUCGCUGGAUGUCUUGGCGACCAGCACACUGCAAUGUUAGGACAAGCUUGCAAAAAAGGUGAGGCUAAGAGUACCUACGACACUGGCCCUUUCAUCCUUCUAACUACAAGCUUGGGCCUCAAGCACAGACAAAUUAUGCUCUCGAGGGUUCCAUUGUUAUAGCUGGAGCUGCUGUUCAGUGGCUAAGAGACAGUCUUGGGAUAAUUAAGAGUGCCAGUGAAAUUGAAGAUUUGGCGGCUAUGGUAGAAACAACCGGAGGAGUGUACUUUGUGCCAGCAUUCAACGGUUUGUUUGCGCCUUGGUUGAGAGAAGACGCUCGUGGUGUCUGCAUUGGAAUCACGAGAUUCACAAACAAGUCUCACAUUGCAAGGGCUGUGCUGGAGAGCAUGUGUUUCCAAGUGAAAGAUGUGCUAGACUCCCUAAAUAACGAGAAAGGGGAGUUCUUUCUUAGAGUGGAUGGUGCCGCCACUGCCAACAACCUUCUUAUGCAUAUUCAGGCUGAUUUGAUGGGAACUCCGGUGGUGAGGCCAGUGGACAUAGAGACAACGGCACUUGGAACAGCGUACGUAUUAUAUUUCUUUCUGAAGAUGCUAGAGGAGACAGACGUUCCAACGAAAGAGGAUAAUAUAGUUUACAAAGAGAUUUUGAAGAACCUUUGUGAAGCCUAGGCGAAAUUUAAUAUAGUGAAUUUUUACUCCUAAAUGUACGACUCAUAUUGCUUUCUAACUUACACAAUAAAUUAUAUGGUUCCCCUGUUUCUAACACU